UCAAAGAAAAAAUAUGACGGGAUUCGUAAAGAAAUUGAGAAAUAUACAAAUAAAACAGAUAAUAUUCAAAAAUUUUUAAACAGUCAUUUAAGUGCUGAUGAAUUAAAGAAAAGAGUCCAGUUGAUUUUAUCAUCUUUAAAUACAGACGAUUCAACCAAUAAUACAAAGGAGAAGAAAGAAGUUACCAAUGAUUUAUCAUUUUUAACGAUGAAUGAUUUUUUUAUUCAAUCACAAAUUAAUGGAAAUGGGAAAAAAUUAAUGCCAUUACUAAAAGAACAUUUUACAUGGAUGAAUACUCCGGUGCUUAAUGUACUACUGGAAUUGCAAAAGAGUUCUGUUCAAGAACUCUCAGAAUUGAAUUUUUUGUCUAAAGAAAGUGGAACGCAACAUUUUAACACUGACAUGGAACUACUAAAAUUAUGUACGUUUAUAAAUGAAAUUCAUUUUAAAACAGUACACAAUCAAACGGAAGCGGAAAGAUACGAGGACUUAAUUAAAGAGGAAAUUUUUGCAAAUAUCGAUCAGAAUAGUAAACAGUAUGAAUAUUUGACACUAAAAUGUACUGAAAUUGGUAACAUGGCUGCAAUAAAAUGUUUUCAAAUUGAGGCAAAACAACUGGGUAUUGUAAACGAUGAACAUUCAAUUCAACUGGAAACGUUAACGAAAAGAUUGGUGGAAAUUCAAUCUGAUAUUGACGUAAAAAAAGAACUUAUUGAAAAAUAUUAUGCAGAAAUUCGACCAUACUUUGAAUCCUGUUUUGAAACCCAACAAGCAUUGAACAAACGAUAUUCUACGUUCAAAUUUAAUGUCGAAAACGCAUUUACGAAUUUAUCGAAUGAUAAUUUUCAAAAUCAUGUGGAAACUAUGAAAUUUAUUGAUUUUCCAUUACAAUUUUCCAUAAAUGAAUAUCAGAAUAUCAAGAAUUGUUGGAAAGUUCUUCUAAAUUCAUCAGAAUUAGAAAAUUUAAACCAAAUUUUGUUGGAUAUAUUAAAUACGCCAGAUACACGGCCAGAAAUUAUUUUAAUUAGACUAUUGGCGAAAAAGUUGAAUGGAUCUCAUGAAACUACAAACGAAACGACACCAUUUGAAGAUUUUAAUGAUUUAUACACUCCAGAAUUUUUCAUGGAUCAAAAUAAAGAAUUAAUGAUAGCUGAAUCCAAAUUAGAAUUCGAUUCGAAUUCAAUUGAAUUAAUGUCACCUAAGUUAGAGAAAUUAUUCGAAUUUUGGUUACGACAAAAUUUUAAAGAAGUUGUGUCUCAAUCACGAUUCUUUGAUGAUUUAUUUCAACAAGGGAUUUCUGCGCACGGACUUGAAGGAGAGAGUAAAUAUAAUCAUAAAAAGCCGUCUCAAUAA